UUUGACAACACACCUCAUUUACAUAAAGUGGAUAUUUUGAUCCAUACAUAUUUAUAUAGACGCUGUAAAUAUGCUUUCACUUUUAUCAGUUAAUUCCGGGGAACAACAUGAGAAGAAAACUUUGCGGGGUAAGGAUGAAUGGGGAGGCCACCUCGGGUGAGCUGUCCGUGGUCAACAGUGCUCAACCCAAUGGAUCCGGAGAAGACAGUGAUCCCAAACCCCUAAAUCUGGCGACAACAACAGCUCCCACUACGAUUGCCCAACAACUCCAGUUACUACAACAACUGCCACAGUUUGCUGCAGCAGCAGCACCUCAGUUGGCCACAACGCCCCAGGGCUUCUUCAUACAGAACCAGUUCGGACAGCCAGCCGUGAUCCCUGUGUCAGCAUCACUCCACCCUGGACUGCAGUUUGGCACACAGGAUUUACAGCAACUUCAACAACUUCAACAACAGCUUCAGCAGCAGCAGCUCCAGUUACAGCAGAUCCAGACGAGCCAGGCAUCAGCUGUUGUCACCCAGCCUCAGCCUACCUCCAUUGCCACCACCCCACAGAUACAGGCCACACCGAUGCUCACUGCCAGUGUCGCGGGCGCACUACAGGGGUUGUCUGGCACACAGCAGAUUGUCUUUGUUAAUCCUGCUCACUUAGCUGCAGGGCUGCAACCAUUGGUCAUUCAGAACCAGGGUAUUCCAUUGCUGCCAGGUCUGACUGCAACAACCCUAGCAACGCUUGCCCAACAACAACAACAAACACAGCCACCACAACAACAGCCCCAGCAACAGACACAGCAGCUUUCUCAACAACAGCAACAACAGCCGACACAACAACAGCCGACUCAGCCACAGCAACAACCACCACAACAUCAGACUCUACCACAACAACAGCCUGCAAUCAGCCAGAUACAGUCGUCACUCCAACAACAGAUGCCCACAGCAAUACAGCCAGUUAUCCAGACUACAGAUGUCGCCCAGUCUCUACAGCUUGUCAAACAGAUUAAUUCACAAGGCCAGUUUUUAUCUCCAACAACACUGAAGUCGAUGAAGAAACUGGACACACUCCCCAAUAACACUACCAACACAGCGCUCGGUAACCAUGUCAGUCCGGCUGUCAGUCUCAGUGUCAACGUAAAGUCAGACCCCACAGUCUCACCACCUCUCAGUCCGACAUCCCUCACACUACAGCCGGAAGAAAACAUCGAUCUGGAAGAAUUAGAACAGUUUGCUAAAACUUUUAAAAGGCGACGGAUUGAGCUUGGAUUCACGCAGGGUGAUGUUGGCCUGGCCAUGGGUAAGCUGUAUGGUAACGACUUCAGCCAGACCACUAUCUCCAGAUUUGAGGCGUUAAACUUAAGUUUUAAGAACAUGUGUAAACUGAAGCCACUUCUACAGACCUGGCUAAAGGAUGCUGAUUCAAUGUCCGCCAACGCAGCGCCAUGUCCUGGAAGCCCUGGCGGUGUCAUCACACCAGAGUCAGUGUCACGCAGACGCAAGAAACGUACCAGUAUUGAAACAACAAUUCGUGUUGCUCUAGAGAAGAGCUUUCUUAACACACCAAAACCUUCAUCAGAAGAGAUCAGCAUGCUAGCUAAUGGACUCAACAUGGAAAAGGAGGUUGUACGCGUGUGGUUCUGUAAUCGACGGCAAAAGGAGAAACGUAUCAACCCACCGUCCUCUUACGUAUCAUCGACCAACUCUGUCCAGCUAGUGAAGGGGCUGUCCCCUACAGCUGUGUCGAGUCUCGUCACUCCAACCCUACCCUCCACUGUAACUCCCUCAAAUAAUGCUCAGGUGUCGUUAGGGAGCGUUUCUGGUAACAUUCCGGUGAGCAUUUCCCUCAGUAACCAAAACCUCAUCAUGACAAAGUUAAUACAGGCAAAUGCUUCCAACCAAAUGGUUAUUCCAUCAAGUAUGAGCAACAUGGACCAAUCCUCUUUAAACAUUUCAAGUUCGGGUGUUGUUUCUAUGGAUACGUGCACGUGACCUGCUGUACGGUUGUGAUGUGUAUCUCGGGUACAGGACAUUCUUCCAUUGAAAUUCUAACCAUCAAAACAUAUUAUGCAUUCCUUUGAAAUCAUGUUAUUCUUGGUUUACCUGAUAGUACUUAGUGAACAUUGCAGCACAAGGUAGAUUGAAUUAUAUCAUGAAAACUUACAUUAAAGGAACUUCAUUCAUAUUGUUUUAUUUUCAAUAAAUGACCGUUUCUCAGAU